UGGGCCAGGCAAGCCAAAGCUCUUUCUCUGCCGUGACAUCACAUCCUCCCUGAUGAUGCCACAAAUAACGGUGUGACUUCACAGCCCUUGUUUCCAAGAAGGUGAAGGGCUGGCGGGAAGGAAUCCACAGUUGCCAAGGAGUUUCCCUCUCAGUGUGGAAAUCCCAAAGGCUGCAUUUUGAGCAGAUCGAGGAUUGGAUGCAAAGCUUGACAUUUGAAGAUCAGAGUGGAGUCUAGUUCGUAAGCUUUGGAGCAUGAAUAUUGCUCCUGGGGUUCACAGGGAAGAGUUUGCAGAAAAGAAGAGAGGAGCGGAGUUUCCUCAACGUCUGCGUUAAAGAUGUUGGAAAAAGUCAUCAGCUUGGCAACAAUCCAGAAUGAGACAGUCCGGCAAGGUCUGUUAGAGGUCCUGGCAACCUUCGUUCUGAUGACAUUUGCCAUGGGCAGCGUUGCCCAGGUGGUGGUGGGACAGAGGCAGCAUGGGGAGCAGAUGAGCUCUCUGGGAUUUGGAUCCGGCAUCAUGCUGGGUGUCCAUGCCGCGGGUGGCAUCACAGCGUCCCUCACCUUUGCAAACUGCCUCAUAGGAAGACUCCCCUGGUACAAGUUUCCGGUCUACAUGAUCGGACAGUCCGUGAGCUGCUUUUUGGCUUCCUCUGCUGUUUUUGCUCUGUACUAUGAUGCUCUUCAGAGCUUUACGGAAGGAAACCUGACCGUCAUGGAGCCUGCUGCCGCCACAGGGAUUUUUUCCAUCUACCCGGCCCCAUACAUGUCUGUGUGGGGUGGAUAUUUCAAUGAGUUCAUUGCCACCAGUUUACUUCUCAUUGGAGUCCUUGCCAUCCAUGAUGCAAAGAGCGCAGCCGCACUUCAGGGCACUGGCGCUUUUAUUAUGGGACUUCUCGUUGUGGUGAUUGGCAUGUCCAUGGGCACAAACACCGGAGACACCACCGACUCUUCCCGGGAUUUGCCUCCAAGGAUUUUCACUGCCAUUGUCAGAUGGCGUCGGGAUGUCUUCCGAGCUGGAAAUUUCUGGUGGUGGGUGGUCCGCAUUGCGGCCCCGACGUUGGGGAUCUUAAUCUGCAACAUCUUGAUUGACUUCUACAAACGAUCUCAGCCACAAUCCAGGCAAAAGCACAAGCGCAAGAAGGACAGGCUGGACACCGAGAUCCAGCCGUGAAAGCAGAACUCCUGUCCUGGGGACGAUGGAGCAAAGACCGUUUGGGGGUGGCUUUCUGCAGAUUGUGAUAUUUUUAACGUGCACAAUAAAUGAAAUAAAGGGAAAUGUGCAUGUUGGACAA